AUGAGUCAGCUUGAACAAGAAAAUAAAGAGCUCAGAGAGGAAGUAAUCACCUUGAAAGACAGUUUGGAAAGGCUUACUGAUAUGAUGGAGACUUUGGUGGCUGCUCAGAAUCAGUCAUCGAAUAAUUCUCAAGAUCCAUUGCAACGAACAACAAUCUCUAAGAAUGUUUCGACGCCCAUUCCAGUGGCACCCGUCAAUGAUCAACAAUAUCACAUGCUACCCGUUUUCCCUUGGGGCAUUCCUCACGGUUAUAUGCCAACUAGAUACCGCCCUCAAAACGCUGACUCUCUAGUACUGAUUGUUGUGAUGUCUGUACCUCCUCCUAUGGUGCAUACGACUCCUUAUAAUGAAGAAAAAAUUUAUCACGCUGCUCCAAGCGAAGUUGUGGGAGUAGAUGAAAGGUUAGAGGGAUUUCAAGACCAGUUCUUAGAAAUGCAAAGGGAAAUCAACGCUCUUCGAGGUAAGGAUCUUUUUGGCAAGACCGCUUCCGAACUCUGCUUGGUUCUUAAUGUUCAAAUUCCGCUGAAAUUCAAAGUACCAGACUUCGAGAAAUACAAAGUAAAUCCAUGUCUUCAAAGUCAUUUGGUGAUGUAUGCUAGGAAGAUGUCCAUUCAAACUGACAACCAUCAACUUCUGAUCCACUACUUUCAAGACAGUUUAACUGGUGCCACUCUUAAAUGGUACAUGGCCUUGGACAAUGCGAAGAUUCGUACUUUCAACGACAUUGGUGAAGCUUUUAUUCUUCAAUACAAAUAUAAUAUAGAUAUGGCUCUAGACAGAGAUCAACUUCGUGCCAUGUCUCAGAAAGACAAAGAGAGUUUCAAGGAAUAUGCUCAAAGGUGGCGUGAAAUUGCUGCACAGAUUUUCCCUACACUUGAAGAGAAAGAGGUGACUAAAAUCUUUUUUAAAACUCUGAGUUCAUUCUACUAUGACCGCAUGAUCGCCAGCGCACCCAGUUAUUUCACCGAGAUGGUAAACAUGGGCAUGCGACUUAAGGAAGAAGUCUGA